AGCUGACACCCUCUCCCCAGCCUCUUGUUUAGGAUCCCCAGGUUUACCAGCGAAUUGAGGAAAGGCGCCCCAGGGAUCCCCCAAACCAAGCCUUGCGCCUUGAUGUCCAGAAAAGACAGCGAAGGAAAGUAUCAGCAUCCGCUGCCCCGUCCCCCGUGCCUGGACGCCAGCCCCUCCCUAGUAUUUUCCUGCUUUCAGGACGUGCAUUCAAAUUCCACCGGGCCCUGACACCCCUGGAAAGGGCGGGCCAGGGGGAGCCCGCGGCGUCCUGAGGGGAGGAAAAGCGGCUUCCAGGAUGUGGGAUGUCUGUGGGCAAGGAGCCUGCGGGAGCUGUGCUGUGGCUGCCGGGCCCUUCCCCCAGAAACUCCAUCCCCACAUGGAGCUGAGGCUUCAAAACUCUGAUGCAGUAUGGGCGACUGUCCCCACUCGGCUGCUGCUCCCAAACUCUCGGUCUCUUUCCCCUCUCCCUUCCUCGGGGCUGGAGCAGCUGCCUCCACCGCGGGUCGCCACCCUGACUCAUUCUCUCCUUCCUCCUCCUCCCCUCUGUUAACCCCAGUCCAGUGGGUUAGAAUGGAGUCCAGCUGCAGGCCGCGAGCUUUUUUUUUUUUUUUAAAGAUUUAUUUAUUUAUGCAUAUAAGAACUGGGGUACAGGCCAGAGGUGUGGGAGGUGAGAGGAUUCACCAGAGACCGAGGGGGGAGCAGAACAGGUGGAUUUAUUGAAGUGCACUGCUGAGGGGAGCAGCGGGGAGACAGGAGAGGUCUGCUGCGCCAUGUGGGUAGCUCCCUGGCCGGGCAUUGAACUCUGCGGACAGCUUCAUAGUUUGUGUCUUAACCCCUUGGGCUACCACGGAGACACAGGGCAAACUUUUCUGGUCCAAGCCUGCUUGAACCAGUUGCCCUAGUGCCUGUGGGCCCCUCUCUCCACAAGCCCAGACUUCCUGCCCUCCCACCCCACCCUGGAUACUUAGGAGAUAAAGCUCAUUCCCUUUUGUUUCAUUCAAUUAAGAUUUUCAUUUGCUUAGUGUCCUUGUGUCAGGAGGUGGUAAAGAGACCUCUGGCUCCCUUCAACCCAACCCUAUAGAUCUCUUCAGUUACCUCAGCAGGCUAACCCCAGAAAUUGGCCUCUUCAAAAGAAACAGAGGUACGGAGUCCUCAGAUUCAUGAGCACCUGAGUUUCUGCCCCCUGCCCCUUUGCAGGCUUCCAGUUUCCUCAAAACAUUCAUGGAUGAAUGAGAGAAGCUGACACUGAGACAUCCCUCCGUGACCACGUUGUCUUCAGCCAUGGAAGAAGUCUUGCUGCCCCUGGCCAUCACCUCUGACCCCAGGUUGUUUAAUCAACAACUCCCAGAGGCUCCAGACCCAAGAUGUGUCUUGGAACCCCAGGACAAUCCUCAGUUGGCACCCGCCCUGGUGUGUGCUCUUUGCUGCUGCUUUGGGAUCAUCUACUGCUGCUUUGGCUACCGCUGCUUCAAGGCCGUGAUGUUUCUCUCUGGCCUGCUGUCAGGAGCUCUGGUGAUUUUCCUGCUAUGCCACAAGGAGCGAGUGCUAGAGACACAGCUGAGCCUGGAGGUGAGCGCGGGCAUUGCGCUGGGCAUCGGACUCCUCUGUGGCCUGGUCACCAUGCUGGUUCGCAGUGUCGGGCUCUUCCUCACUGGUCUCCUGCUGGGCCUGACCCUGGGUGCUGGGGCCCUGCUGGGCAGUGAGCCCAUCUACCAGCCUCCUUCAGCCUGGGUGCCGGCCGGGGGGCUGGUGGGACUGGCUCUGCUGGGAGCUCUACUCACACUUCGGUGGCCACGUCCAUUCACAGUUCUGGGCACAGCCCUGCUGGGUGCUGCGGUGCUAGUGGCCUGUGCUGACUACUUCCUGGAGGGACUAGCACUGGGCAGUCGGCUGGGCCAGCGCUUGCAGGCACUUCCAGCCUUGCCUCCUCUCUGCUGGUAUAGCUGGGUCUUGCUGGGGACCUGGCCAGCCCUGGGGGCCCUGGGGGCCCUGGCCCAGUGGAAGCUCAUGGAUGAAGAACAUGGAGCCCACGCAAAUGCAGUGGUCUUGAGCCACCAGCAAAGGCAUCUCCAGCUCCUUCGGCUCCGUCAGCAGCAGGCCAAGUGGCACCGGACCUCUUCUGGGGUGGGGCUCUGUGAGGGUGGCUACCAGCGCCAGCUCCACCCCAGCACCCCCCGGAGCCCUGCUGACAGUCUGGCUCCUAGUUAUCUCCAGAGCCUUCAAGAGCGCCACCUGGGACCAGGCACCCAGGCCACAGCCCCCCACACCAUCCUGGACUUGGAUUCUGACUGUGGUUCCACUGUACUCCUCACCAUACCUUCCGUUCCUACCCGGGCCUGAGCCUAAACCUCCGCUGAUGCCCCCACCCCUAGCAAGGGCCUGGAGCGCCCCUCCGUGGAAGGACCCAGGCCCUCAGGACUACACAUAAACAUCCCCCUCUUGGACUUGGGGAUAGAAUCUGUGCUCCAACCAGACUAGCCUUGUGGGGAUAUGUUUCAGGGACACAUCGAGAGGAAUCUUGUGGGAAGGGAAGAGGAAUGGGGUUAUGAAUACACACCUCUGUCCAAUAAUAGAGGUGCCCUGGUCCCCAAAAUAACUUACUCGCUAACUCCUUCCAAACCAAGGAGGACCCUUACCUAAAUAGCCUAUUAUCAGCGUGCCUCACAAUGGAAAAAUAAGGGGUUGUUUUUUAUAGGGUCUGCAGGAUAUCAGGAAGCCUCCUAAAGUACUUGAUAACUUUUUUACCUUUUUGAUCACAGCCUUUUUUACUGAGGUAAUGUUGAUUGACAACACGGUAUGCAAUUCAGAGGUACAGAUCCAGACCUCUUCAGACGUACGUUGCCGUAGCACACCCAUCACGGAGGCAUCCGAAUCCCCUGCCUUAGUCCGCUGGGCUCCCACCCCUCAAGCACUUGAUAACUUUUUGAGGGAGAGAAGGGCACGAUGUGGCUUGGGAUCCUCCAGCCCCCGGGAGUUGGGUUCCUGGCCAGCCUUUCCCAUUGGGCCCCUUAAAAUCAAGGUUCCUCCUCCUACCUCAGUUGGGGGCCCUGUCUUCCACGGUGCUCCUCGUUUUCUCCUUAACAUAAGGAAGACAAGGCCAGUGAGUGCCUGGUCAGCACCCACCUCCCCACAAAGCCGGCUUUUUGCCCCAAGAAGAGAGCAUUGGCUUCCAUGCCAGUCUUGCCCUUUUGCCAAAAGGGGCCUGAUCUUCAGGGCUGUGUGGGAGAAAAGUGCCUUCUCUGCCUCUCAUAGGCGAUGCUCAUCUCCUCCUUAACCAGAACCUUGUCCUGACCACUAACCCUUUAUAACGUCCCCAUACCUCCAAUUCUGCCACCCAGGGUCUGUACCCUGGUUUCCCAGACAGCAUGAAGGAAGAGCUGUCCCUCCUCCCUGAGUAGCCGGGCCAAGAAGGAAGGAAGGAAGAAAGUAGGAGCAUGUGAAUAAAACGGCAUUGAACACUGAACCAGUGAGUCUGGCCUCUACUGUUAACGCUCUUUUCUUUGUAUUCCAAGACAAAGAGCCGUCCUGGCAAGUGCUUUGUGUUCUAAAUAUCUGAUGAAGCCUCCCUGAUCAGAUUGGACUAUUGUAAGAGUGAGACACACACACACACACACAGAGGGCCAGAGGGAGAGCUGUGGAGUCCUCUUAAGAACAUGGAGUAAGCCUUUAUUAAGCGCAGUGUGCCCGACACUGUACCAGGUACUUCACAUAGAGUAUUUCAUUUCCUGCAACAACCCCACAGGAUUGGCAUGAACCUUAUUUUGCAAAUGGGGAGUCUGAGACUCAAUGAGGUUAAUUAACUUGCCCCAAAUCAUAAGCAAGUGAAUAUGAUUCUCAAGGAUUCCAAAACCCUUUGCUCAUUUUACUGGCCAUGCCUUCCUUACGCUACAUCUAGGAAGGAUAGGACGCAGGCGUUCAGCUUCCUGGCUGUUGUUUCCUGUCAGCCAAAGGCUUGAUGGAUGCCUUCCCUCAACCAGUGUCUUCCAGAGAGCAGAUGAAAUGGUUAGAAGUGCUGUCUAUGGGGCCUCCCUGGUGGCGCAAGGGGUUAAGCACAGCACUGUGAAGCUAUCCCCAGCCUCUGCAGCAUGAGUUCAAUCCCCAGCCUGCCAGGGAGCAACCCACAUGGCGCAGCAGACCUUUCCUGUCUCGCCCGCUGCUCCCCUCAGCAGUGUAUUUCAGUACAUCUGGCUGUUCUGCGCCCCACUCUGCCUCUGGUGAAUCCUCUCACCCCCCGCAUCACUGCCCUGUACCCCAGUUCUUGUAUGCAUAAAUAAAUCUUAAAAAAGAAAGAAAAAAAGAACAUAAAACGUUAAAAAGAGAAGAAGUGCUGUCUAUGGCCGAGAAGAGAUGGAUGGAGUUGGGAGUUGACCCAGAGUUAGCAGUCACUGUCCAGGAGGAAAAGAGCACAUGGGCGUGGUGGCUAGAACUGGGACAUUUAGAGGCAUAAGGCCUGUGGUUCAUGUCCCUGAUGGAGCACUUGC